AUGGAAUCUAAGUUUAUUUUUCUGAAGCUCCAAGAAGCCGAUAUAUGGAGUGGCAGCCAAGAAAUCUCGUGCAGAGUCAGCAUAGAAGGCCAAAUUGCGUCACUUACACUUGAUAGCACAGUGCAGCUGCCUCUGUCUCAUUUCAGCUCUGACAUCCAAAUGCAUCUUCUCGUUCAAACUGAGAAUAUAGCACUUGGGUCAGUUACUUUGUCUUUAGAGCAGGUCUUUGGCCCUGACCUGGCACAGAAAAUGGAUGAGUGGUUUGAGUUCGAAAUCCCAGGAGAAGUUGUCGCAUUGGUUGAAUCGUCAGAUUCCCAAGGAAAGGUAUUGAGGGUAAGGAUUGUAGGAGUGAUCACUGGGAGCCAGGAUUUCGAGUUUUCAGGAUCAGAAGUGAAAGAAGAAGUCCCUGAGGCUGGGAAAAAGUCAGAAGCUGGAGGAGAAGAUGAAGCAAAAGGGCAAACGUACAUUGAGUAUGUGGAAGCAAAAGAUAUUGUCCAGGAAUACCCUGAGGUUAUAGAAGAAAAUGAAGGGAUAAGCCAACAAAAGGAGGAAAGUGUUGAUAAAGAAGAGGAGAACAAGAAUGAAACUGAGGAGAAAGUUGAAGCUCAAGAAGAGGCAGCAGUUAUUGAGGAAGUUAAAGAAAGCCCUCAAAUUGAAGAAGCUAAACCAGCGGAAGAGCCAACUGAGAGCAAGCCAGAAGUCAUUGAUAUUAAACCACCUGAAGAAAUAAAAGAAAGGCCUGACAGAGUUCGUCCCCAGCCACUGCCAAUUUCAGGACCCAUAAAAAGCGGCAAAUGUUCAUAUCUCGACAACAUAAAAGGAGCAGACCACCACCAAAAAUUCACCCAGCAUAUCCUCGACAAGCUUAAGGACGAAAUGGGCCAGUCAUUUCUAAAACUUGUAGAAGACGCUACAAGGUCAAGAUCAAGAAGCCCCACAAGGACAGGAACGAGAUCUCCUUCAAAGAAACUCACAGCCAGAUCUCCAACCAAAAUUUCAGGGGGCAGCUUUUCAGCAGCUUCAAAAGAGGAAGAAGAAUUUCUUGAAAUCGCUGGAAACUCUGACGUUUUCCUAGAAAAACUUUCACUCAAAACAAAAAAUGCCUUUGUAGCUUCCGUUGUAGGUCUUCUGGCAAAGAAAUCAAUCUAUGAAAUUCAGGCAAAUGAGACCAAUCCAGCCAGAGAUAUCAUAGAAAUCCAUGAAAAAGCAUCAGAAAUUCUGGAAUCCUCAGCAGUCGAAACUAAAGAAGAGAUAGAUAAAGAGUUUAAUGAUUACCAAGAAACAAUGACGGAGCUUACAGAAGAAAUUAAAAGAUAUGAAGAAUCGCUGCAAGGGCUCAGAAAAAAGAAUGAAAUGCUGGGCCACGAAAAAGUGUCAGUCUCACAGCAGUUAAAUAGCUUGAAAUCGCAAAUUGUGGAGCAUAGCCCUGAGUCAGAAGUUUCGCAGCUAAUCGAAGAUAUUCAGGAUCUUAGAAAAGCAUUUGAAAACUCCCAAUCUAAGAGGAUAGCAUUUGGUAUUAUUACAGACAGGUGAGCCAUAUUGGUGAUGCAGUCACCAAAGACCAGUGCAGGAGGCUCAUCUGCUUUGCCACAAACUGCCUAGUAGGUCUAGCCGCAACCGGCACAGUUAUCUCCUACUUGGCUUGAGGCUUCAAUCUGGGGUGGCUUAUGGAUUUCUGCCGCCCCGCGACUGGCAAUUUGGAGUAACUUAAUUCCUUGGAGUUUAUCGGGUGCCGAGUGCCUUUCUUUGGCAGCUAUAGAAAAAAAGACUGUUCACCUAUUGCACGGGUCCAAAUCCUGUUUUCAGUAGAUGAUACCCAAGGGCCUGAGACAUUGCUGAGCACCUCCAUUACUAGCCACAGGAAAUUGCCACGAAUAUACGUGUACUGAGGCUGAACUUGUUUCUCGGCAUGGGGCCCUUUCCAGUUCACCAUAGCCUUAAGGUCUGGACUGCUGUGCCAAGAAGAUAGGUUUGCACGUUUCGUCAUUUUAAUAAAUAUUCCCCAUUUAAGAGGAAAUAAAGUAAAAAAUGAGUUUGAAGAGUACGUUGAAGACUAUAAUAAGCGCAUCGACUCAUUGAUUAUUGAAAAUUUGAGAUCUACAGAAACUAAAUCAUCUCUCCUCGAUGAACUAAAAGCAAAAACCCAUCAGCUUGAAACCCUUGAUCAAGAAAACGAUCACUUACUCAAAGAAAUCCAACUUCUUGAAGGUCAAAUUGACGUGGAAUCCAAACAAAAGACCACUCUUUCAACCUUCCAAAAAGCAUCAAAAACGCAUGAGCUUGCCUUAGACAGAAUCAAAUCCCAAGUCGUGUCAAUCCGAAGCAGCAAGGACAACUACUCAACUGAUGCCUUUUCGCUUCAGCAGCAGCUUGAAUCAGACAUCAAAAAGUACAAAAAUCUCCACAUCUCCACACAAUCUGACAUUCAAGCCAAAACAGAGAUCGCCAAUGAGCUCAAAAACAAGCUGAAAAACCUAAAAGACUACAUUAAGCAGCUUGAAGAAAUUUUUGCGAAAAAACAAAAUAUUGACCAUGUGUUCGAAAUAGUCCAAUCCAAAGGUGGCCAUGACUUUGAAACAAAAGACAUGCUGGUGUCUGAGCUGUCCUAUUUCUCAGAUUUCGUGUUUUCCCUCACCCAGCUUUAUCUUAAAGAGCAUAGAAUCUAUAAAAGCUUAAGCGCAGUUUUUGAAGAAAAAGAAUAUGACCUUAACGCUAUGAGAAGAGUUGUAGCUGAGGUAAAAAUGCAGAACCCAGUUUAUUUCCCUGUGAAUAAUGAUAAUAUUGACCAAGCUUUGGCUGCUUAUUUAAAUUCAAGGGACGAAGUCGUGCCUGUGCCUUUUAUAAGAGAAGCUGCAGGAGUCUAUUUAUUUGGAUCACGAAGAGUUUUGGUCAGUUUUGAAAGAGGAAAACUUACGGUUAAGGUUGGAGGAGGAUUCCUGCCGAUUGACGAUUUUGUAGAAUGCUACUGUGACGCAGAAUUUGAAAAGCUGAACAGCAAGCCAGAAGAAAAAAGCCCAAGGAUGAAGAAGUUCAUGGCAAAGUGGGUAGGGGGCCUGAUAGACUAUAAAGAAAACGACGAUGACGCAAUGAAGCUAAGACUAAUAAAAGCAGUACAAGGUCAUAAGUAUUCCACUGCAUAUGCUGUUAAAGAUAAGUCCAAAUCAAGAAGCAGAAGCCAGUCGCCUGCCAAGCUGAUCUCUGAUGAAAUUAUAGCAGCCUCAAUAGAUGAAGAAGUCCAAGUAGAAAACUCAUAA